CACCCCCUCACUUCUUCAACCGCACAUUCAUUUCAUUUCAGAGCAUACCACAGCAUAGCAUAGCAUAGCAUAGCAUAUCAUUCAUUCCAUCCACAUACAAUGUCAAGGUUGCAGAUCCUAAUUGCAGGUGGCGGUCUCGGUGGCCUGGCUAUGGCCGUCAUGCUCGAGCGUCUGCCGGAACACAAAAAGGUCGACUACCUGAUCCUCGAACGAUCCACAUUUUUGAAUCCUAUAGGCAGUGCCAUCUCCCUGCAUGCUUCAGUCAUCCCACUUCUCAAGCAGCUCGGUAUCUGGUCAGAGAUCGAGAAAGCAAGCAAGCCCAUGAGCCAUUUCAGCAUCAAGCGCGAAGAUGGCUCUGAUCUGGGUACAGUCGACUUUGCAUACGGCCAGCUCGACUAUUCAUUUUACGGCAUGGUACUAGCAAGACCCGACCUGCACGAGAUCCUCUUAUCUCAUGUGCCACCAGAAAAGAUCCUGACAGGGAAGCGCAUUGUAUCGACAACACAGGAUGACUUCGGUGUCUCCUGUCACUGUGCAGACUCAACCAUCUACCACGGCGAUAUCCUCAUUGGAGCCGAUGGGGCGUAUUCGGCAGUGCGACAGUCGUUGUACAAGGACUUGAGAGCUCAUGGAAAUUUGCCAAGACAGGACUUCAGUCCCAUUAAACUGGAUCAGGUCGUAGUGGUCGGGAUUACAUCGCCAUUGAACCCACUGGAGUAUCCAAUGUUGAAGGAAGAUGUGUGCCAGUUCAGGAUUGUCCUUGGAGGACGGGAUAGGGCUUAUACGAUGUGGAUGGUGCCGUUGACCGACAACAGGGUCGCAUGGUCGAUUGGUGGUCGCAGCGAUGCUUUGAACGGGUCGUCAUUUUGGAGUGAGAGUCAGGAGGAGGCAACCACAUCGUUCGGACUCAAAGCGCACCAAAACUCGCGAUUUCCUGAUUGGGGAGAGGCCGAAAGCGAGUCAAUCGAGGAGAUUUGUGACUAUAUGCGGACCAAGCCCAAUCCCUUUGGAUAUGGGACCUAUGGGGAUCUGAUUGACAGGACACCGAAGCAUUUGAUCUCGAGGGUUAUGUUUGAAGAGAAGGGGUUCCGGACGUGGUAUGGUGGGCGCACAGUACUCAUUGGUGAUGCGUGCCACAAGAGCGUCCCAUUUGGAGGACAAGGCAAGCCUUUGAGCAGGAUGGUCAUAUUGAACACAGCUCGUCGCAGCGGAUUGGGAGAAAGGUAUAACUAACAGUCUACAUGCAACUGCAAUAGGAGUGGUCAAUGCGAUCUUCGACGGCGCAUGUCUCGUCAAUCUGAUCCAUGAUCUGCCCUCUUAUUCAUCUAUGGAUGACCUCGGGGAGAUGUUCCAGACAUACUUUGAGAAGCGAUAUCCGGCAGCCCGGAUCGCGAUCGAGGGCAGCAGCCAGUUUGCAAGGCUCUUUAAUGAUCAGUCUCAAGUCGAGGAAGAUGGUCGUGUGGUCAUGUUUAACAGCGUCCCACGGUGGUUACAGCGAUGGACAUUAGACAGGACGAAGCGGGUCGACCCAAAGCUGGAUUUCGUUCUUUCAAAAAUGUCGCGAUCGCCCUCGCUACAUUCGUUUUCGACAGUCCUUGAUGGCGUCAGUCCGUAUGAGGAA